AGACUGGCUGCUUCAGAAGGGAAUAGGAGCCUGAGAGGAAUUCCAAAACAGCUGUCCGGCAGACGUCCUAGCCGACAGGAGUGCAGCCCCAAGGCAGAGACAGAAGGCGGGGCAGUGUCAACAAGCCAGGAGAGCAGCACCCCAGCCGCUCACACACUCUCACACAUCAGUCUGAAGCUGCAGCGAUCAGGAGUCCAACGCCGAUACCUGGGAAGGAUCAAGAUCUCCCCACUGGAAUAUCUUAGAGAAGUGGCCCUCUGGCCUUUCUACAGCCCCGGACAACACCAGAAAUACUUGGAAUCACAUUUCCUGAUCAAUGACACAGCGAAUGAAGUUAUUUCAGGAGCCGCACAUGACCGCUGUGUUCCCAAGAAUGUAACUGGAGCAUUGCCUCAGGGACACUGUAACCUUCAAAACUCAAAAAGAAUUAACUACUGUUCUUUGCUACCUAUCUGAGAUCUUUCACAGUCACAGCCAUGCCAGCUAAAGCACCGAUCUACCUGAAACCCACCAAUAGUAAGAAAGGGAAAAAAUGUCGCCUGAGAGAUAUACUGUCCCCGGACAUGAUCAGUCCACCGCUCGGAGACUUUCGCCACACCAUCCACAUCGGGAGAGGCGGGGAGCGAGAUGCUUUUGGAGACAUGUCCUUCCUCCAGGGAAAGUAUGAGCUCCUUCCAGGGAAGGGAGAGCUGGUCCACCCUCAGUUUGGCAUCCAAAACGAGUUUCUCAGAGCAAACAGCACUUCUGAUGCCUCCUUUGCUGAGACCCCCUCUCCGGUUCUCAAGAACGCCAUUUCCCUCCCAACCAUUGGUGGCUGCCAGGCACUCACUCUGCCCCUGAUCUCCUCCAAUGUCUUCCCGCUGCCCCCAGAGCCUCUGGAGGACAUCGUGGGGCCUGCAGUUCCCCUGAAGCCUGACAGGGCUGAGGAGGUAGAAAUCCUACAGAUGGAUGCUCUGUUGCGCUCCAUGGACGUCUUCACCAGCGAUCCCUCGCCUCCCUCUGCAGAUAUCCAGUCAAAACCCGAUGUUCUUCUGGAUCUGCUGGAAAAACCAGAGAAGCUGACCUCUAUGUCAGUUGCCAAAGCGAAUAAAAUAAACAAGGGUGAAAACCUCCCCGAGAAGUCACCAUCUUAUUACAUCAAUGGCCACAGCAACAGCAUAUGCACAUUUAAAGGAAGCCUGAACAGCAACACGAGCAGCGACAGCUUCGACAGCUUCGACGGCAAAGGGAGCUUCAAGAGUAACGGGCACGGCAGUGGAAUCAGCAACGGCAGGGGGAGUUUCAAUGGCAACGGCAACUGCAACGGUUAUGAACACUUUAACAAUGACAUUACCCUGGGCUGUAAGAAGGCAUCCUCCAAAUGCAACGGAGACUGGGUGGACAGAGACAGUGGGGUGGAAGAGGGCCGCAUCUGUGAUUUUGAGUUUGAGUUUUCCAAGGAGAAGAGUUCGUCCCGGGAUUCCCUCACCCAGAUCACAGGGUCACUCCUUUCCCUCGAACUCGAUCUGGGCCCAUCCAUCCUGGAUGAUGUGCUCAACAUAAUGGAUAAACCUACAGCGAAGAGCAGGCCUUGAGCAGUGCUCGGGCCCCAAGAAGAGAAAGGGAAUUAAUGAACUGUAGCCAUGAGAACAGAGACUCACAAAGCAAUCAAAAUGGUGUCUGGAUAUACAGUAUCAUUGUGAUGAAAAUGAGCUAAAAUAGACAGAGCUGCUUAUGUUUUUAUUGUCAAAACAAGUAUUCUAGCUUCUAUGGAGUGUUGAUUCUUCUUUUUUUGUCUGUCAGCAUGUUUAAGAUGCAUGUGCUAUUGAAUUACAGCGAAAACACAGCCAUCGUGCCUUUGAUUUAUUGAUUAAAUUACUGUAAAAAAAAUCAAUACAUGAUAGAUUUGUGUUCCUAUCCUGACUUAUGCAGUUUAUGUAAAAGAUACUAUACAAGUCUUGAGGUUGCUUUUGCUU